GCCAUGUCCUGCAAUACGCCUGACAACUCACAACUCCAACACAAAGCAACUCGGAAUAGAGUAAUACAAAAAACAAAACAAAAAACAGCGGAGCCAUUCAAGUAGCCUACAGAAAAGACUUCAUGCAGACUCAGAAAUAAGUUAACUUUUUCACUGGAUAGACUAGUGAGGCUCACUGAGUCCCACAGUCUCCACAACUUUUUUGUCAACCUGUGAGCACCACGGACAGGGGAAAGGGGAUUUGGGGAAUUGUAAAACCUCUUCAAACACAGCACUGACCGACCGCACACAGGGAUGUCUGUCCACGCGUCCUGGCUACCAGUACCGCUUCUGGUGUGGGGACUAGUGUGUACCUCAGUGCGCACUGCCCCAUUCGCGGGUAGGCAGACCGACACUCCAGAGCGCCAUUGGGAAACGCUCUACUCUCGCUCACUGGCUCGAAACCCAUGGGAAAAAAGAGAAAUCAACCGAGACGGUGACUAUCUUACAGGCAUCAAAAGACUUCGGCGUCUAUACUGCAAUGUCGGCAUUGGGUUUCAUAUUCAAGUUUUACCAGACGGAAAGAUAACUGGAAUACAUAACGAAAAUAGAUACAGUCUCCUUGAGAUAUCACCUGUGGAGAGAGGGGUUGUGACGCUCUUUGGCGUCCGAAGUGGUAUGUUUCUGGCAAUGAACAGCAAAGGGAAGCUCUAUGGAUCUGGUCAUUACAAUGAUGAGUGCAAGUUCAAGGAGAAUCUCUUGGCAAAUAACUACAAUGCUUAUGAGUCAGCAGCCCACCCAGGGAUGUAUAUUGGACUGAGUAAGACUGGCAAAACCAAAAAAGGAAAUCGAGUUACACCAGCUAUGACAGUGACACACUUCUUACCAAGGAUCUGAAUGACUCCAAUGAGACUGUACCUUCAACAAGGGUAGAGGAGAGAGACUGGAAACAAUGCACUUUCAAAUGUUUUUCUAGAGUGAGAUAUUUAAGUUAUUUAUUUAUGAUUCCUGAGAAUGUUUGUAUUUUGGGAAAGUGGAGUAAUGUAGAAAGAGGGGAUGAAUAAUGACAAUUGUUUUGUUUUGUGUGCUGCUAUAAGUGUCUUGAGAUUUUUUUUUUAAGAGUAAAUUUGAUUUUGCACUUUUUUAAAGAUCUGUUGUGCGCAGAGGUUGUGCAGUAAGCAUUGUUAUCCUACUUGUACUACUUUGAAAGGAAUUGGAGACCCACGUUUGCCAGAUUUGUGUCUCAGCAUCAAAAAGGAAGAUGAUGAUGGCAGGUCCAAACCCUUCAGUUCAGUACUGGUCCCAUGAUUAGUUAUUUAUUGGUCAGUACAAUGACGAGUGGACCCAAAAACGAAUCAACACAGAAAUCGGUUCCUGCAUUGUAUUUGUUGAACAAAGUCAUGGUCUUGGCCAGAGUUGUGUCAUUGCAGUAUUUUUUUUUUUUUCAUUUCUAAUUGAUUUAGUGUUUUACUACCUCAUUAUGGAGAAGCAAGGAGGGAUUGUGUUGUUGUUUGUUCAGUGUCAUUUAUGUUGUCUUUCUGAGCAUGACAUACAGUAUGACGCAACCACGCUUCUACGCUUUACAACUUAGCCGACACUGGAUAUCACUGAUGAGAUUGAAUAGAGAGGAACCCAAUCAGAGAGAUGGAAUCGGAGUUUAGAUGGCACAUCCGUUAACCCCGGUCCAAGGUUGAACUAUAUUGUUGUUGUAUGCAUGUAUGGUAAAAACUCUUUCAUAAAUAGCAAAUUUACACACAAAUGACUGGACCCUCCUCUACGGCCACAUUAGUGAUUAUUCUAACUUUAUAUACAUAUAUAAAGUUAUCUAUGACAUUGUUACGUUGUAAGGUUUCCUGUAUUUCAAACAUAUGUCUUGUUGUACUCAAUGCCUGAUAUGUGGAAAUUAAACCAAGAAGAAUAUAAUUUCUUCUUUGGCACAGCAGAUGCAGAAAAUUGACAUAUACUGUAAACUGAAACAGGGCUCUCUAUUCAGUCUGUAUAGCUGAAGCAUUACAAAUUGCCGAAUGGAAAUAUAAAGUUAAUUUCAGAUUUAGCCAACAUACUGAUGUAGGAUCUUAAUUUGAGCCAGUUUGUUACAGCAGGACAAUAAUCCUGCAGCAAUAGGAAAUGUGAAUUGUUAUUUGGAUUAUAAUUAAUGGACAUUUUUGUAGGUGUUGAUGCAUUUUUUGUAAGGGAACCUCAGAAGACUUUUUAAACCUCAAAUACACUAAACGUUAAAAAUGUCUUGCAUUGCAGGAAAGGGUGAUCAAAUUAAGAUUCUACAUCUCUAUGCAGUGUUUAAUGUGAACGCAAUCUCCGCUAACGCUGGAACAUUGUUGUUAAAUUUCAAUCACACAUUAACGCUGAACUUCCGUGGUACGGAUUGAAUAGAGCAGUAGAUGUCUUUCUUACUGUGGUCAUUAAUAUUAUCCCUUGUGAUAUUCUGCGUUCAGUUCAAAAUUAUAUUAUGUCCCCUUAUGUUAUGCAUUUCAUGUAGCCUAUACAGUAUGUAUCAACAUUAUGUCUGUAGUUUUAUACAGGUCCUGUUCAACAUUAUGGUGUAUGUGCUGUGCAUAUUAUCAAAAGACUUUAGGAAAGUAAAUAAAUUG